UCACUCUCCCAUCCUUCUUUUCCUCCCUUCCUCUUCGGCUUGCUUGCUUUCGUUUUGCUAUCGGUCUGUUUCUCGGGGCACAAUGGCGGGCGGUGGGGUCGUCAACACCGGGAAAGGGAAGGAGUACCCGGGGCAGCUCACCCUCUUCGUUUUCCUAACCUGCAUCGUCGCUGCCACCGGCGGUCUCAUCUUCGGCUACGAUAUCGGAAUCUCUGGUGGGGUGACGUCGAUGGAUUCCUUCCUGAACAAGUUCUUCCCGGAGGUGUUGGCUAAGGAGAAGGCGGACAAGAGCACCAACCAGUACUGCAAGUUUGACAGCCAGCUGCUGACCAGCUUCACGUCGUCGCUGUACCUGGCGGCGCUGAUCGCCUCCUUCUUCGCGUCGUCGGUGACCAGGGCUUUCGGGCGCAAGUGGUCCAUGCUAGGCGGCGGGCUCACCUUCCUGGUCGGCUCCGCUCUCAACGGCGCUGCUGUUAACGUUCUAAUGCUGAUCCUCGGUCGCAUUCUCCUCGGUAUCGGCGUCGGCUUCGCCAACCAGUCUGUUCCGCUGUACCUGUCGGAGAUGGCGCCGGCACGCCUCCGGGGUAUGCUCAACAUCGGCUUCCAGCUCAUGAUCACGGUGGGAAUCUUCGCCGCUAACCUCAUCAACUACGGCACCUCCAAGAUCAAGGGCGGCUGGGGUUGGCGCGUCAGCCUCGCACUUGCCGCCGUUCCCGCAUGCAUCAUCUCCCUCGGCGCCCUGUUCCUCCCUGACACUCCCAACUCCCUAAUCGAGCGCGGCCACUCCGAGGAGGCCAAGCAAAUGCUCCGCCGCAUCCGCGGCACCGAUGACAUCAACGAGGAGUACAACGACCUGGUCGCCGCCAGCCAGGAGUCCAAAGUGGUGAAGCAUCCCUGGUCCAACAUCAUGAAGAGGAAGUACCGCCCGCAGCUCACCAUGACCAUCCUCAUUCCCUUCUUCCAGCAGGUCACCGGGAUUAAUGUGAUAAUGUUUUACGCACCCGUGCUCUUCAAGACGAUUGGUUUCGGCAGCGAAGCCUCUCUCAUGUCCGCUGUCAUCAGCGGGCUCGUCAACGUAUUCGCCACCUUCGUCUCCAUCUUCACCGUCGACAAGCUCGGCCGAAGGAAAUUGUUCUUGCAAGGAGGAAUCCAGAUGAUUAUUUGUCAGAUCAUCGUGGGAACCUUGAUCGCAAUCAAAUUUGGGACCAGCGGGGAGGCUACUCUUUCCAAGGCGUAUGCAGCAUUCGUGGUGCUGUUUAUUUGUGUCUACGUAGCUGGGUUUGCGUGGUCUUGGGGUCCCCUGGGAUGGCUGGUUCCCAGCGAGAUCUUUCCUCUGGAGAUCAGGUCGGCGGGACAGAGCAUCAAUGUCUCCGUCAACAUGCUUUUCACCUUCGUCAUCGCCCAAGCAUUCCUCUCCAUGCUCUGCCACAUGAAGUUUGGCCUCUUCUACUUCUUCGCUGGAUGGGUGGUGGUCAUGACGAUCUUCAUCGCCCUGUUCCUCCCGGAGACGAAGAAUGUCCCCAUCGAAGAGAUGAUCCUGGUGUGGAAGGCUCACUGGUUCUGGGGCAAGUUCAUUGCAGACGACGACGUCCGCGUCGAGAUGGGCGGUGCCGAAUUCAAGCCAGCCGUGUGACCCAUCUCAAUCCGAGAUGAUCGAUGCAUACCGACUCGUCAUUUGGAAACUUGUAGCAAUCCCUUCUCAAACUUCUGAUACUAUCCCUUUAUCACCUUAUGUUCCAUGGUUUGUCUUGUUUGUUCAAGCUUAUGAGAUUCUACAUGCAGUCGUUCUGGUAAUUGUGUUAUCGACACUAUGUUCAAGGUUCUAUGUGAAUAAAAUUUUGGAGCUUGUUAUGUCA